UUUCAGAGCAGAUUAGAGAUGAAGAUGACACGCUGUGGUUUUCCUCUCGAAACGACACACGUUUCAUCUCCAGUCACAGGAAAUGAAGCAGGAACCUGAGUCUCUGUGCAGUUAAAACAUUUCAGCUGAGCUCCGGUCGGUGCUGUCGGACGGACGGAAGGACGGACGGUCACCAGACAGACCGAGUCCCUGCUGUGCACCAGCGGACCUGAUUGAAGACUACAUGAUACAUUCAGGCCCAUGAUGAUGUCGGAGAACUUGGACCAGAGCGAAGACGUCGGCGUCCUGCCCCCCCAUGAGUUGGAGCCCCACAGGGAGGAGGAUGGACACUGCCCCCUUCCCUUCAGGCUGCAGCUGAUCGACGACUUGUCCUAUGAAGACGUGAAGAAGUGUUACAGAGGAUCAACCGUCAGCAAGUACAACUCUCAGUACCACAAACUGUUCCAGGCGGUUCCCAAAGAGGAGAUCCUGAUGAAAGUGUAUUCUUGUGCGUUGCUGAGAGACAUCCUGCUGCAGGGGCGACUCUACAUCUCCAGAAACUGGCUGUGUUUCUAUGCAAACCUGUUUGGUAAAGACAUCAAGGUCUGUAUCCCCGUGGUGUCAGUUCGGCUGGUGAAGAAGCACAAGACUGCUGGUCUGGUGCCGAACGGUCUGGCCAUCACCAUGGACACUGGACAGAAGUAUGUGUUUGUGUCCCUGCUGUCCAGAGACAGUGUCUACGACGUCCUCAGGAGGAUCUGCACUCACCUGCAGGUGAACGGGAAGAGUCUGAGUCUGAAGCAGUACCUGGAGGAGCCCAGCUCUCUGUCCUUGGACGAGUAUCCAGAGGUGCUGAAGUGGAGGAGGAAACCGUCGCUCCCCGCCGUCUCCUCGUCCCUCCCUGACCUGCUGGGAAACUCCGCCCCCAGUCUCGCCGCCGACACACCGUUCAGCACGCACACGCUCACCGACAGCAGUCUGGAGACUGAGAAGAUCCUGCUCACAGAACCAGUACCUGAACUGGGUCACGUGGAGUACCAGCUGCUGAAGCUCUUCAUCCUGCUCGUCUUCCUGCUGGUCCUGUCGUCCUGCUAUCUGGCUUUCAGAGUCUGUCGACUGGAGCAGCAGCUCAGCUUCCUGAGCAGCCAGCCAACACUGAGAGAGAGGUGUGGAGAGGUGCCUUGUUGGCUGGCCAAUCAGAGAACAGGAACCUGACGGUGAAGUAAGAAGAAAAACCUGCACUUACAUAGAUUUGCCAUUAGGGGGCGGCAGUGAGAGGAGACGGCUCUCAGGUGGAGACAGACGAUUGAAGCAGCCGUCAGCAGCUGACCUCUGACCCUGCCGUGACCUGGUUACCAUAGAGACGUCACAGUAGUCAACACAAACUGUAGACUGACUGACCUUUGAGGCCAACGUGUCGAGAUCAGAGUGUGCAUGCGUGUGUGUGCAUGCGUGUGCGUGCGUGUGCAGACAGAGAAGUCCUAACAGAUCCACAUACUAACACACUGUCAGUUGAUCAGUGUCUGGUUUCGUGACAGGUGUGAUGAAGAUGUGAUGAAACAGUGACAUGUUUUUCCUCCGUCUGUGUUUCUGUUUUAUGACACAGUCUCAUCUCAGAUGAAUCAGGUCCCAGUAAAUGACUGACUGGUUGAUGCUGGUCUCUCCUGUCUAUGUUUCCGAACCAGCAGGAACCAGUCACGGACCUUCAUUCAACACCGUGACCCUGUAAAUCACAGACUGUAUUAUAACAUGUUCUCCUGUGUUUUCCAUUCAUAUUUAAACUGACUGAUUUUCUUAUUAAAAGUCACAGACUUUGUAGGAUAUUCAAAGUGACAGAAUAUUUUCUGUAACUACACAAAAUAAUCUGAAUCAAUAAAGGCCAAAGUGCUGCCUAAAA